AAUAAUACAAACUAUUGAUUAAUAUUAAAUAAUACAACCUUAGAGACAUAUUUCCCUCUAGCAUCAUUUCACUUGUUGGUGACCUUAAUUGUAUGUUAAUUCUCAAAAAUAAAAAAAAAUAUAUAUAUAAUCUUUCACCACCCUCCACCAAGUCCACCACCAUAGCCUCCAUCAAGUCCACCACUACAACCUCCACCUACCCUCCUCCCACUGUCCUCCCCCACCCCUUACGCUGACUACGCAAAUGUCUCUCACAGUGAAACACCCUCACCCUUUUCCCCACCUCCACCCUUACCCACCCCCAAAACUCAAAACCCAUAAAACCACCCAGUAUCUCAAGUCCCUACCACCUACAGACCCAUAAACUAACCAUCCAAAAACCAACCCCUACCACCCACAAACCCAUGAAACCCAAAAACCCAUUAACCCACCACCAACCUACCCCUACCACCUAGAAACCCACGAACCCAGAAACCCCCCCACCAAAAAACCCACCCCUACCUACACCCUCGAUUGACAAAGGGAAGGAGAUUUUGUUAUUGGCGGUCAUGGGGAGAGGUUUCGCGAAUGGAAGUUGAGGGGGUGGUUGCUGCUUAUUCACUGAUUGAUGGGUAUGGUGAGUGUGGUGGGGUUGGGAUGGGGGAAACGGGCUGGGGCAGUGCACGGUGAAUUUAGAGGACUUGGGGUGGAGUGGUUUGAGCGAAAAAGGGCUGAUUUUUUUAUUUGAAUAUUAUUUAUUUAUUUUUUUAUUAUAAAUAACCUAUUUUAUAGGUUAUCGGUAAAAGGAUCUUGUUAGAAAACUCAUAUUAUUGUAGGAAAAAAAAUUAAAAAGGUUAUAUUAUUGAAGGUAAUUUUUUAUAUUAAAUUUUAAUCCAAAACUUUUACUUUUUAUCUUUCAGAAAUUCUUCUAAUCAAUUCAUCCCUUACUCCUCUGUGGCUGUGAUCUCUCUCUCCCCGAAUCUAGCUUUCUGUUUUCUGUGUGUGAAUGACUAGCGCUGCUGUAUUAUUCUACGGUAGAAGGUCUCGAACUUCUAGAAGCUUCGAUGACCUAGGGUUUGGCUCUCUUGCUCCUCCUAUCUCUACAUCAUCAUCAUCAUCAUCAUCAACAUCGUUGGAUUCCAACAUCUGCUAUAAUCACCGUCACGGUCAUCAUCAUAAUCGUCGCCAAGGAGAUCUACAUCGUCGUCACCGUCAAAUCAAUUUCGAUGAUCCUGACAAUUCUCGUCAUCUAUCAAAUGCACUGCAUCCGACUGCUCGCCUUUCUUUGCCGGGCAGUGAACUACGAUAUAACGAUGAGUUACCACCGCACGAUAUCAACAACAGAGAAACUGUGCGUGGCCCAGGCAGAAGAUAUAGAAACGACAACCGCCUUCCUGGGUCUGUAUUACUUGCUAAAGAAAGGCUUGUUCAAAGAUUAAGAGGUGUAUCUGUUUCUAGAAAUAGAGAGAACAGAGAAACAUCAGCAAGUGUCCCCAGAAAUCCCUUGUUAGUAGUUGAUGCACAUUGGGUUUUAACUGAAUUACCCGUAGGAACACAUCAUCAUUCUGCAUUCAGAGAACAACAAAGUAAACCGUUGGGACUCGGCCAUGAAGCCCUCUCUCAGCUGCACCAUGAGGUUUUCAUGAAGCAGCAAAUCACGACCACUUUGUCUACACCUGAAGCAUCGAAUGAAUGUAGUAUUUGUCUGGAGUGCUUUGUGGAAGGUAACAAGCUUGUUAAUUUACCUUGUGGUCAUAGAUUCCAUAGUUCAUGCUUGUAUCCUUGGCUACAAACUUGUGGUGAAUGCCCGUACUGUCGUUCAUGUAUUAUGCUUAAGUAAAUAGUGAACUGUGAAGGAUAUAAAAAUUUUACAUUGAGUCCUAUAUGUAGUUUAUUAUAGUUACUUAUGGAUGUGUGAAGGGCUGUUCUGUUGCAGAAGACAAUACGGAUUAUUUAACUUAUUAUGUGUUAUAUAUGUAAUUCCUGCCUGCA